UCAGCGUUACAUUCAACAGUAAAUUUCGAGUCGGUUUUCUACGUUCAAAAUCAACUCUACCAUGACAGAAACGGUCGUUCCCGCCUCUCAGGCACCAGUCACUGCGUCGCCAGCCGCGAAAAAGUCUCCGGCCAAGAAGAAGACUGCUGCUGCUGCUUCAAUGGCAAAGAAGCCCGCUGCGUCUCACCCGACCACCUCCGUGAUGGUGAAGUCUGCCAUCAAAGAACUCAAGGAGAAGAAAGGAUCUUCUUUGCCGGCUAUCAAGAAAUACUUGGCUGCCAACUACAAAGUCGAUCCCGCCAAGCUGGCGCCGUUCAUCAGGAAGUUUUUGAAAGCCGCCGUAGCGAACGGUACCGUUGUUCAGACCAAGGGCACCGGCGCUUCUGGACAUUUCAAACUGCCGGUUGCCGAGGUUAAACCAAAAAAGGCGGCCGUAGUCAAGAAGAAGAAACCGGUGGCCAAAAAAGUCAAAGCCCCUGGUGCCGUGAAGAGGAAAUCGACGUCUGCCAUGAAAGUGAAACCAACUUCUGGCGAACCGGCGGCUAAAAAAUCCAAGAAAGCGGCCGUCGCUGCUAAACCUAAGAAGGCUACCAAACCGAAGAAAUCUCCGGUCAAGGCGAAAAAACCUACUGGCGCUGUCAAACCCAAAGCGAAGAAGACUCCAACCAAGAAAACAGCAGCUCCCAAGAAGAAGUAAACUGAACGAUCACUACUUCUCUCGUCCCUUAAAACGGUCCUUUUCAGGACCACCAAUUUUCUUAUGCACCUAAAUAAUUACUUUUUACUUGGUGAUUAGAAGUUAUAUCCUUUAGAAUCACAAGUCUCAAUUUGAAUUCAUUAUUCAUAAUUUAAAAUACUUAAUGUAAUAUUUACUUACACAAGUCAGUAGUCAGUACUAUCUUACUGGUGACUGAUCUACAGCGAAUCAUUUUGUUGGCCCUACCAUAUUUUGUACCAACAAUAGUUGCCGCCGCGCAGUAUAAAAUCGUCUACGCCGAUUAUAUUUAAUACCAAGCCUAGUACGUUAAUAAGUAGUAGUGUAUCACAUAAUAUCAUUUAUUUUAAUAUACAAAUUACAAGGUCAUUACUAGUGCUCGGAACUUGUUGCAUUUGCAUGUGUUUAUUUUUUUUAAAGCCAACCUUUAGUUAGUAAUUUCUCAUGUGAAAUACAUUAUAAUAAGAAAUAUAUUAUAAUUAAUUUCAUGUUUCACUGUAAGUACCUGCGUUUUUAGAUAUAACUGAAAAUAGGUAAGUACAAGCUCAGUCAUCCCAGGGUUAUUAACAAUUAACAUUGGUACUCAGGUACCUAUAUUAUUGUAAUAUUAAUUAAAUGUUUUUUUAAUGCAAUAUUACAUUAAUUGUACAUCACACGUGCAUGUAGUUGUAUAAUAAAACAAAACGUGUGUAAAUUAUUCGAUAA